AUGUCUAAGCUCUUCGUGCACGGCCUUUCGUGGCACACGAAUGAUGAUACCCUUCGUGAGGGAUUCCAGCAGUUUGGCGAGAUCCAAGAAGCUAUCGUCGUCAAAGAUCGCGCAACAUUGCGCAGUCGCGGAUUUGGUUUUGUUCGCUUCGCCACUGAUGCCGAAGCAGAUGCGGCAAUGAGUGCCAUGAACAACGUGGAAUUCGACGGUCGGACUAUCCGCGUCGACAAGGCAUUUGACCGCCCCCAACGCCCGGACGGCGGUUUUCAGGGUCGCGGCGGAUAUAACCAGCAGCCCGGUCAAGGAUACCAGCCUGGUGGUGGCGGCGGCGGCGGCGGUUAUCAGGGUGGUGGUGGUGGUGGUUACCAGCAGGGUGGUAACCGCGGAGGAUAUGGUGGCUACAACAACCAAUAUGGCAACGGCGGCGGCUAUGGAGCUGGAUACAACCCCGGUGGUUAUGGAGGUGGUAACGGUGGUGCUGGCUGGCGUCCCACCCAACCCCCAAACCCAGAGGGCAACUAA